ACCCCUCCAAGAGGAGGGGCUUGGCCUAUGAAGGGGUGUCCAAACGUUGUGGAGAGGACAAGUCUUUCACCCCAGCAUCAGGUAGCUGAGAAUGCGUUUGUCCAGACCACUAGUAGACAUGGAGAUGGCAGAUUAUAGCGAGGCCUUGGACCCUGCCUACACCACCCUGGAGUUUGAGAACAUGCAAGUGCUUGCGAUGAGCACAGACUCCUCGUCAGCUGAGAGUGCCAACAUGAAUGCUGUCAACCAUUUAGGGGCAGGCACCCUAUGUGCCAUCUGUGGGGACCGGGCCACAGGAAAGCACUAUGGAGCCUCCAGCUGUGAUGGAUGCAAGGGGUUUUUCAGACGCAGCGUACGCAAAAACCACAUGUAUUCCUGCAGAUUUAACAGACAGUGCAUAGUGGACAAAGACAAGAGAAAUCAGUGCCGAUACUGCAGACUAAAGAAAUGUUUUCGAGCUGGGAUGAAGAAGGAAGCUGUGCAGAAUGAGAGAGACAGGAUUAGCACCAGAAGAUCCAGCUAUGAAGACAGCAGUUUACCCUCCAUAAACGCACUCAUUCAAGCUGAUGUCCUUUCUAGACAGAUCUCAUCACCCGGUUCUAUCUUGAAUGGUGACAUCAGAACAAAGAAGAUAGCCACUAUAACCGAUGUGUGCGAGUCUAUGAAACAGCAGCUCCUGGUGCUGGUUGAAUGGGCUAAAUACAUCCCAGCAUUCUGUGACCUUCCCCUGGAUGAUCAGGUUGCUUUACUGCGAGCUCAUGCUGGAGAACAUCUGCUACUAGGAGCUGCCAAACGUUCAAUGCUGUAUAAGGACAUUUUACAAUUAGGUAAUGAUCACAUAAUUCCACGAAACUGUCCCGAAUUGGAGGUGAGCCGUGUGUCUAUAAGGAUCCUUGACGAGUUAGUGCUUCCCUUCCAGGAUCUCCAGAUCGAUGACAAUGAAUAUGCCUGCUUGAAGGCCAUUGUAUUUUUCGAUCCAGAUGCCAAAGGUUUAAGCGACCCAAGCAAGAUCAAACGUAUGCGAUACCAAAUUCAAGUUAGUUUAGAGGACUACAUCAAUGACCGGCAAUUCGACUCGCGGGGGCGGUUCGGCGAGCUACUUCUUCUGUUGCCGACGCUGCAGAGCAUCACCUGGCAAAUGAUCGAGCAAAUCCAGUUUGUUAAAUUGUUUGGAAUGGCGAAGAUAGACAACCUGCUACAAGAGAUGCUUCUAGGAGGUUCAGCUAAUGAAGCUCCUCAUGCCCAUCAUUCUCUACACCCACAUCUGGUCCAGGAGCACCUCAGUAACAAUGUCAUAGUCACCACAAGCAUGGCCACUCCAAUUCACAAUGGCCAGAUGUCGACUCCGGAAACUCCAAUCCCAUCUUCCCCGACGGCCUCAGGUUCUGAUCAUUACAAAAUGUCUCAGGGUGUUAUAGCCACAGUGCCCAAGCAACUAAGCUCCAUCCAUCAACCAACCAUCACUAAACAAGAGGCCAUCUGAGUGCACAGAGAAAUACAGAUUGAGUUUU